AUGAAAACAAGUACGAAAUACAGUAUUAGUGAUGCUGCUACACUGUAUAAAAAAUCAAGAGCAACAUUAUAUAAAGACUUGAAAAAUGGAGUUUUAAGUCGUGAUCAAGAUGGUUUUAUCGACUUCUCGGAACUACUCCGUGUCUAUGGUGAACCGUUUAGUGGGAAAAACUCAAAACGUCUUGAUAUACAUAAAAUACAAAAUAAUAAUACACUUGAAUACAGCGAAAAUACAGUUGUAGAACUCAAGAAUCAGAUCGACUUUUUGAAAAAACAGUUAGAAAGGGCAGAAGAUAGAGAGGCAAAAGCUAAUUCCCGCAUCGACACACUGUUGACCCUCAUUGAAAUGAAAUCACCCCAAGCCACAACUGCUAAUAAUCAUCAAUCUGAACCUAAUAUAACAGUAGAUCCCAAACUAGAAACUAAACCUAAAGAUGACGAAUUGACUACUACUAAUAGCCAAAUUGAAAAUAAGCGUAUCCCUGUUCCUGAGCAUGUUGAAUCUGAGCCUAAAAAACGUGGUUUUCUAAGCCGUUUUUUCCUGCCAUAUGGUUAG